AUGGCGUUCAAACCGGAGCUUCAUCAGCGGACGGGCAGGAGAUCUGCCUUCCUUCUGGCUGCGAUUGCCUUGGGCUAUGGCACUUCUGCCUUCGUCUUCCCAAGGAUCGCGAAGGCGUACCAACGCCAGGAUCUGUCGCCCUCUGUCGUGAGGCACGCUGCCAAGGAGAGAAGCCCGGUAGAACGGAUGCAGAGGUUUCUUCGACCCCGAAUGGGGAAGGGAACCAUUCGUGAGCUGCCUUCGAAUGCUGAGAUGAUCGGCAGCUUGAAGAUUGCAUACGAGGUAGUGCUGAAGAAGCCCAUGGGCAUUGUCUUGGAAGAUGGACCCCAAGGGCCAGGAUUCGGAGUUGGCGUGGCAGACGUCCUGGAGACUGGCAGCGCGCAUAAGCUCCUCCAGGAAGUGCUCUUCGACGGAAAAGACUCCAUGUGGAUCCAG